CCGCACCCACCGGCUGGCGGGGCAGGGCAGCCACUUCGCGGUCGGGCCCGCCGGCUGCGGGCGCCCGCGCGAGGGGCGGGAAGAUGGCGGACGUGGUCGUGGGCAAAGACAAGUGCGGGGAGCAGCGGCUCAUCUCGCUGCCUCUAUCCCGCAUCCGGGUCAUCAUGAAGAGCUCCCCCGAGGUGUCCAGCAUCAACCAGGAGGCGUUGGUGCUCACGGCCAAGGCCACGGAGCUCUUUGUUCAAUACCUAGCCACCUAUUCCUACAGACACGGCAGUGGAAAGGAAAAGAAAGUACUGACUUACAGUGAUUUAGCAAAUACUGCACAGGAAUCAGAAGCUUUUCAGUUUCUUGCAGAUAUAUUACCAAAGAAGAUUUUAGCUAGUAAAUACCUGAAAAUGCUUAAAGAGGUAAAGAGGGAAGAAGAUGAGGAGAAUGACAGUGAUAAUGAAAGUGACCAUGAUGAAGCUGACUCCUAAACCAAAAAAGUGCUUUAGAAACCAGCCUGGCGAGGACGGCCCUGGACCCGCUCCACUGUCUCUAAGUAAACACAGCACUGCCCGCUUUUAGCGUCUUCACUUCUUCACAGACUUCCAGUGCGUGGUAUGCUUUCGAGGUAUUCUUUCCAGGCCGAGAUUGAGCACCUCAUGCACCUACGCCACAAACAGCCAGAGGGAAAGCGACCCAGACAGCAGCCCCUCCUUGACAGGCCCACCCUGCAGCUCAGGCAGCAAGAAAACAGCCGAUACCGGCAGCCAUUGCAGCUCCAAACUGCAGAGGCAAGGCCAAUUUUAACUUUUCAGCUUACAGUCGAUUUUGAAGAGCUUCUACA